AAAAAACACACCUCAAUUUAACUCCCUGAAUAUGUUUGCAUCUUCUACCUCCGACUCCUACGUCGAUUUAAUUUAUAUCAAAGCGAUCUUGAUGAGUUCGUCAAGUUCAAUCAAGAUGUUGAUGCAUAACGUGAAGAGAGAAGGGAGGUAGAGAAUAGCAUAAUAUCUACUUUACCUCAAUUGCUAACACAAACAAUUGAGCGUCCAAUCCAAAGGUGUGACGCUACCUGCAUAAGGACCGUGAUGAUGCUCAUAAACGUCUAAUGUGUGAUUACUUCAUCGAUACUCCAACAUAUGGACAACGUGAGUUUCGUCGUCGAUUUCAUAUGCGUAAAUGUGUCUUUGAGCGAAUCACGAAUGCCCUGAGUGCACAUAAUUCAUUCUUUCACCAAAAGCAAGAUGUUGUUGGUCGAAUGGGAUUAUCUGUGCAACAAAAAUGCACUUGUGCCAUACGGAUAUUGGCGUUUGGAGUUACGGCGGAUAUUUUAGAUGAGUAUCUCAAAGUUGCAGAUACAACUAUAAGAGAAUGUAUCCUUCAGUUCGUUGAAGGGGUCACAACCAUAUUUGGGCCUGAGUACCUUCGUAAACCAAACACCCAAGACGUCACACUGCUUCUUGCGGAGGGUGAAAGUCAUGGAUUCUCAGGCAUGAUGGGUAGCAUUUAUUGCAUGCACCGGGAGUGGAAGAAUUGUCCCCGAGCAUGGAGAGUUAUGUUUCCGGGUAGGAAUAAAAAAUUGCCCUUACCUUGGAAGUUGUUGCCUCUCGUGACCUUUGGAUUUGGCAUGCAUUCUUCGGGACACCGGGUUCUUGCAAUGAUAUUAAUGUGCUUGAUAAAUCCCCCGAUUUUGAUGAUGUUUGUUGGGGAAUAUUAUCCCAGCCUACUACUGUUCAGAGGCCCAAGACAUCACCCCGAUAUGAAGCCAAGUCAGCGAGGCCCAUUUAGGCCCACCCGGCUCGUUGAAAGCCAUUUAGGGCCCAUCUCGGCCCGUUAUGGCCUGUCUGGCCCAUUAGGCUAGAACGCCCCCACCCCCUUCUAUAAAUAGGAAGUUAGGCUUCCAUUUAAAGGGGCUUGGUUUUUUAGCUCUUCCCCGAUGGGAGCUCUUCUCCCUGCUGCUUCUUCCUCAUUAGAUGAGUUCCAUUAAUGGGGCUUCAACACUUGUAUAUGUACUUUGGUGAGGAGAGUUAAUGAAAAAG